CGUUAGGUAUAUUACAGCACAGUGGCAACGGUUCAUGUCAAUACAUAUAGGCACUGUAAUCGUAGUGCACCUCCGUUAUAGGUAACGAACCAUAUAUCGUCAACGGUCAAACAUUAUCAUCGUCGGACAACAUCGUCGUAGAAAAUUUGUCGAGCUGCGGGCUUUCGAGUCAAAUUUAUACUACGUCUAUACAAACCCGACGGACGGACGAACAGGCGGCGCUGGUCGACGGCAGCGGCGGCGUCUGCGACUACCGCGGUAUAAGGUCACCGUAUAUACGUAUAUACCACAGCGGCGGCGGAGGCGGCGGCGGCGGCGGCGAUUACGACUACGCUAUACGCGGGCGCCGGCAGCAGCGAAGUCAUGGACCCCAGUGUGCUUUCAGCGAUGGACCGGGACGCGCUCAAGAAACAGAUCGAAAACAUGCGCUACCAGUCCACAAUGGACCGAUGGCCGCUAUCCAGGAGCAUACAGGCGAUGAGGGAAUUCGUCGAAGAAAAUGAAAAAACCGAUCCAUUAAUUCACGCUCCAGACAAAAAGAACAACCCUUGGGCGGAAAAAGGAAAGUGUGUAAUAAUGUGA